GACUAUGCUAGAAGAAGGAGAUGGUAUGGGAAAUCUGAGAGUCACCAAGAAGGGAAUCCGACUUGAAGGUAUAUCUGAGUUUCUACUUCCAUUGUAUGUGAAAGAAAUUCAUUCCCGAAAGGAUAGUCCACUGGUCUUACAGUCUGACAGGAAUGUAACAGUGAAUGCAAGAAAUCACAUGGGGCAGUUAACUGGACAGCUGACAGUAGGAGCUGAUGCUGUGGAAGCUCAGUGUAAAAGAUUUGAAGUGAGAGCGAGUGAAGAUGGCAGGGUGCUGUUCUCUGCAGAUGAAGAUGAGAUUACCAUUGGGGCUGAAAAGCUGAAAGUCACAGGCACUGAAGGAGCAGUAUUCGGGCACUCUGUUGAAACACCUCACAUCAGAGCAGAACCUUCCCAAGACCUCAGGCUUGAAUCACCCACCAGGUCCUUGAUCAUGGAAGCUCCACGAGGGGUGCAGUUGAGCGCGGCUGCCGGAGACUUCAAGGCCACCUGCAGGAAGGAGCUGCAUUUGCAGUCUACAGAAGGGGAGAUAUUUCUGAAUGCAGAAAAAAUCCGGCUGGGGAAUCUCCCGACGGGCUCUUCCUCCUCCUCCUCCUCCUCCUCCUCGCCGAGCUCCUCCAAUUCCCGGCAGACCGUGUACGAACUGUGCGUCUGCCCCAACGGCAAACUCUACCUUUCUCCAGCAGGAGUCAGCUCCACGUGUCAGUCCAGUAGCAACAUCUGCUUGUGGAGCUGAAGGGACUGAUUCCUCCUCACACCAGAAUAGCCUUUUGUUCCUGUCCGUCUGCUUCACAGCCCCGCUCGGUUUCCCUUGUGAUCAGUCCAGAGCUGCUUCGAAUGGUCCACAGAGCAACUUCUUCCAAUGCAAGCAGGGGGUCGCCGCCACCUUCUCUCGUGAUUUCCUGUCCUGCUCGAGGCAGAUAGGGUGGGUGACCGGGCAGUGGAAAAAUCGUCUUCAGCGGGAAAACUGGAUCAUAACUUUUGCUCAAAAGGGAGAAAAACAUAGGUGCCUUUGCUACGUGAAGUGAAGCACACAGUUUUAGAUUUUUGCAGGACCCGGAGAUGAACUGCAUAUACAUACAUUAAUUAUAUAGAUGAAAUUCCCAGUAUCCGACGGCAAGAUGAGAUGGUUGACCCUGUCAGAAAACUAAUUCUACAGCCUGAAAGCACAAUUUUCCAAUCGUGGUUUGUUUUUUUUUUUUUCUUUUUUUGGAUGUAAACUUUUAUCCCCAAAUUUUAAAAUUUUCAAGCAUUAGAUGAUGCUUGCUUUGCUAAAAAUUAAAUUCAAUACAUGAUUUUUAACAAAACGAAACAAAACAAGACAGAAUUCCACCCUGAGUUUUGUUUGUUUCUUUGAAUUCAGUGUGUUGUUACUCUUUGUCUACUAAGUCUAGAAUUUUGUACAUUAGGUAAUUUUGAAAGCACUCAGCAAUAUAAUCUUUACAGAAUUAACAGAACACCAUUAUCCUGUCAUUUGUCAGAUCUGAAUGGCCUUAUAUAGUAUUUACUUGGCUUUUGCAUGUGACGUAUUUGCUUUUAACGAAACAUCUAAUUUAUUGCAAUAGGAUUAAGAGGGGCAUACCGAUGGUGUGGAAUCCAUAGUUUUGUUUUGUUUUUGUUUUUUUUAAUUCACAUGCUAUCAUUUCCGUGAGGUUCUCAUAGUACAACUUUCUGUUGGCUCCAUUCACUUUGACUGACUGCUAAAAUUCAAACAUAUCCGUGAAAUAAAUAAAUGACUAAUGUGAUGCAUUUUGCUGAGAAUGGAUUCACUUACCAUUGGAAUAUAAUCUUCAGAAUUAUAUCUGUAUUUUUUUAAUUGGAGGUCAAGAUUUAAGGAUGGUAGAAAGUAAAUUACAAAUCCCUGCUUCCACAGUAAAAAACAUAAAUGUUAACAAAUAUUGACUAAGUGUUUGCUCCAUUAGAUUCCUAUUUUCAGGAAUUUGGUCCUAGUUCCUUUCAGCUCUUAAUACUUAGUUACCUUGAUUAGACUGUUAAGCUACCCAGCUACCCAGACAUCAGAAAUCAUAGCUCCUUCCAUUCUCUACGCUAAUUUUUUGUAAAUUAGCACUAGUAACUGCAGAAUAAUGUAGAUUCGUUUAUCACAACAACACUCCUUAACUUGAAUUCUUGAAAGUUAGAGAAUCCAAGAAUGUAAAAUUGAAUUAAAUAUUUCCUAUAAUGGAAAGAUGACUGGGUUCCUCUAAGGUAAGUCCUUAGUUUUCACCUGUCAGUCACUUACUUUCCCCUAUGCUCAUUAUUACAGGUAUAUAGAAGCUUCAUUUUGGGGGCCCAUGAACAUAGAACUUUGAAAUUCAGGCCUCUGUAGAAUAGAGCAAAGUGGGAGAUGGGAACUUGUUGGAGUAAUUUGCCGAAAGUAGGAAAAUUAGAUAACGCAAGGAACAAAGUGAACCAUUUGGCCAGAAUUAUCUUGUUUAGAUAACCUAACAUCAAAUGCUUAGAAAAGCUCCACUUUACUAAAACACAUUCUGUAUCCACCCAAAAGUCCAAAAGCUAGUGCAGUUUUAUCACUUUUCAAAUAGAACUUGACUUGUGUUUGCAGGUUAUCAUGGAAAACUUAAAUAACUAUUGGAGUAAGAAUUUAUAUGCAGUUGCUUAAAACCUCCUAUCAUAAUGUAAGUGUUCAAUUUAUUUAAGUUGGAACAUUAGAAUUUAAUAUGAGAAAUUCUCACAUUGGUAUAGCAAAGUACACAAAGUCUAACCCAAGAAAUUUUGAGAAAUUAUGGGUGCUAAUCACUGUGUUAUGGACCUUUUACGAAAACACUGUGUAUUAAUUUGAGACAUAUUCAAGUUCUAAACAUCCCUAAAUUAAAACAAUUACAAAGGUUUUUUAGUCAAAUGGAAACAAUUCUUUUGAUUAGGAGUGAGCACCCUUUCUAAUCUCAGCUCUGUCUUCUACUAAUCAGUGAGCUGAUUAAGGCAGUCUGGGAAUCUCUCCAGACUCCCAGUUUACUCCACUAUACAACACAAGUAUCGGGUCUACUGGUCUCUUGAGGGCUCUAACACGUCUAAUUCCAAGAGCAAAAAUUCUAGG